AUGAAACAAUUUGCUAUUUUAUUAUUGGUUGCUCUUUUGGGUAUGCUUUUAACUUUGGCAUCUGCAAACUCUAAUGAUAGAUGCACUCAAUUAGCUAAUGCUGUCUUUGAUCAAUGUAGAGAAGGUCAUGAUUAUAGAACCAUAUUUUAA